AUGGAUAUUUUAAUUAUUAUGUUGGCUAAUAUGAUUCACAUACAACACAAUAGCAAAGUUUAUAUUCAAACAGGGGUUUGGAAUAAGCAACGAAUAAUUGACGUAUCGGCGUUGCAUGAAAAGUUAGGCGAGAUAAUGUGUCAAUCUCUGCCAGGAUUUCAUGCUCUAACUGGCUGCGAUUUCAAUCCCAUUGCAUUAUUUCGUAAGGGAAAGCAACGUCCUUUACAGAUCUUAAAGAAAAAUGCAGACUUACAAAAAGCAUUGGAUCAAAUUGGACAUGAAGACUGUGAUGAAACCGCUUCCCGAUUCUUGAAAAGUUCAUCUAAAAAAAAAAUACAGAAUUUUGACUCAUCCACUUUACCUCCUAGCCAGGCUGAAUUAACGCAGCAUUUAUUGAGGACCAAAUAUAUUGCUACAAUAUGGAAAAAUGCUCAUAAGAAAAUUCCAUCACAUUUACUACCAGAAAAUUGCGGAUGGAUAUUAGUAGAGGAAAAUUAUCAAUUUAAAUGGUUCGACGGACCACAGCUGCCUAGUACAAUACAAGAUAUUAUUGAUACUGGAACAAACGAAGGCGAUGAAGGCCUUAAUGCAGAAAGCGAAUCAAAUGAAGAAGAAUAUGGCGAUAGCGAAGGAGAUAUCACGUCCGAAUCGGAUUCCGAUUGCGAAUGUGACUAA